AUGGCACCGACUGAUUUUUCGAUCGGCGAGCAAACUGCCUUUGACGUCCUUGAUGCCCUCAAUCCGCUCCUAGAGUCUCAAGAUGCUGCCAUUGUUCUUACUGUUGUCGCCGCAAUUCGCGAGGCCAACCCACCCGCCGAGAUUCUCGCCUCUUCGCUCUACAUCUUCAGCAAGCUGGUUCUACUCAAUCCUGACUGUACCAGUGCCUUCCGCGAGGUCGUCGGCUAUCUAGUCUCCACAACUCUGCUUCCUCGUCAGGUGCUGUAUGAGGCCAUCGACGUGGAGACCCACCAGCUUCUCGAACCGACAAUCGCCCGCCCGGCGCAGGAGAAGCGCAUGCGCACCAGGCUCUGGUAUACUCAGACCAGGUUCAAUCUGUUUGGCGAAGCUAGCGAGGGCUACGCAAAAGUCAUUACGCUUCUGGGGGAGACUAUCGAGGCUACGCAGCCGGUCGACCAGAGGGUGGUCGUUAAGCAAUUGUUGGCCUUGGUGGGGCAAUUUAGCCUAGACACUAAUCGCAUCAUCGAGUUGGUGCUUAGUGCUGCGGCCGAUGUUAUCACAGGAGAAAGGGAACGCGUGGGCAAUCUACCGCUCGACCACCGUUUACCGCCUCUUUUCGUUAGCAUUCUGGAUGAAUUCCCGCGGGAUCACGUCCACAGCGUCCUCGGCGCCAUCAUGCAAUCGUACCAUCCGGUCAAUGAGGCCACGAACGAAAGUGCGACCUCGCAGCAGACGCCGUCGCCGCCUACAGCCACGGCUGCCGGUUCGGAGAAGACAGCGGAAGUCCAGAAGACCCCUGAUUCUCUAUACUACUUGAUUGGGAUUUUAAUGAGGGAGGGCAGAAUGCGUAUCUCCGACGUUUGGCACAACCUUUACCCGCGUGAUGACAGGGAGCUGGCCAGGAAGUUCCUGAAGUACGAUGAGCAGAUUCAAGCUCUAGCGAAGCACGUUGGCUCGCCGUACGCGAACAGGCCGCAGAAUGCGCAAACCCCUGCCAUCUUCAAGAGGGGUGGGUCGAGUGCGAGCAAGAGGGACAUACUUACGCACUACAGCUGGGUGACGUCAGGCCCCUUUCCGGCGUUUAGCUACCAAAAGCUCCACUUCAUCUGCGUUCUUAUCAUUAUGUGCAGAGUGGAUGACGUCUUUGAUGCAAUCCGGUGCCUUGGGGUCAAUGGCACCCAUAUCGAUAUCGCCGCGCAUCCUUUUAUCUGUCAGGCGUUGGGGAAGUUUGCAGAGGCUUUGCUCAAUCCUCUGCUAAACAACAGGUUCCCGGGUUUUUACGCCAGCCACAGCCACAUCUCCCAAGCCAUCGGGAAACUGGGGGGACGAGCAAACCGUUGUCCUGGCACGGUUGCAACGGUAGAUGAAUUGUUGGACAACGAUGACAACGGUCCAGGAGCUGUCAUCGUCAGGCUUCUACAGAUCCUGGGUCCACAUGCCAUGACAAUUCCGCGUGUUCUCCAGGCAUUGUGCAAGCUUGUGCGGGGUCGACAAGAUCCCAGAGCCAUAACCAUCAUGCAAGACGUAGUUCUUCCGGCGGCAUCUUUGCUACAGUCUAACGUGGGACUGACGGAAGAGAUAUGGUCUGUAUUGAGAGGUUGGUCGCAUGAAGUGCGAUGGCGUUUGUAUGGCAACUUGCACAACCAGGUUGCGGCAACUUCGGCUGUGUACCAGCUGGUGGCGAGCCAGGCGUCAUACGAAAUGAGAUAUGUUCUCAAGCGGCUCACGAAAGAGACGCAGAAACAACACGUCACGACCAUCGGGAAGAUUACUCGUGGUCAGGCCCUGCCUGCGUUUGCAGCUGCCAUCGACCGAGUGCAAGGAUAUCCGCCCGACGUCGUGACGAUUAGCCCCGUCAUUGAUGCGUGUCAAGACUGUUCGCAUUUGGCUGUCGACAUGCUGCUGUUUCUCAUCGUCGAUCGCAUGGCAGAUUCCCGCCGUAGUCGACUCAAAGAUGAUGGGAUCAACAUCGCGCAAUGGUAUGCGACAUUGUCCCUUUUCCUUGGCCUCUGUUUGAGGAAACUGCCAGUCACCCCGCAGCAAAUAGAGGGUGUGUUGGGCUUCUUGUACACCAAACUUGUUAUACAUCAAGAAGCGCUGCUCAUCACAGCACUCAGCGACAUUAUCAAAUGCGUCGCCGGGGUUGAAGUUGAGAGCAAUCUGACGGCGAAGCAGGUGAUGGCACAUGGCGGAGGGCGGGCGUUGCGCGAUGCCGUUUCUGGAAUAUGGGCACGGUUACAACCCGACUCCAAUCUUGUGGGUAACGUAUUCGAUUCGAAAGAGGAGCGGGAACAGCACUCUGCUGUAGUAGCACUGCUGACAGCAUGCAGGAGGACAGAGAUGCAUGUUCCCAUCGCAAUCGCCAUUGCUCAGAUGUCGAGAGAUGCGGCCGGUCAUGAGGAUUUGCGGACAAUGCCGCUGAAGCUCGGAGCUAACAUUGUGGACAUCGCGCAAUCUAGCCUGUCACAGCUUUCAAGGUUCAUGAACUCUUUCUCAGGGCACAAUGAUUGGGAAAGAGAUCUUGAGGCAGACAUCUGGCGGCCUCUUCAAGAAAUGGGAAUUAGCACAUUGAUGACGAAAAUGAGUGUGCUUACUCCUUUUGCGGUGGUUCUCAUGUCUCCCACGAUACCUUACCUCCGCCGGCACCCCACUAUCUAUACUCUGGACGGUGCCACAAAAAUCCGAGUUUUGAAAGGGGGAACAGUUGGUGCGUCUGCUCCAUUUCCGGAGGAAAGCAGGAAAAGCAGAAGUAUGGACGACAAGAAAGAGUCGGCUACUGUGGGGCAGACUGGUGCCACAAACGUCACGGACAGCUCCAUGUUAAACGGAAAAGGGAAUGGCAAUGCGUCUCCAGCGCCCGGGGGCUUAAAACCGAUGGAUAUUGUACCAAAAGAUGCCGAUGAGGAUAGUGUUUCUCAGUUUGGACGAAUUGUCGCGAAGCGAAUGAAAAACUUGGUGGCCACGGAGUUCGUCACAGCGUUUUGGACUAUGAAGCUUGAUGACAUUGCCGUGCCCGUGGACAUGUAUGAAUCAGAAAGGAAGAGGAUUUUGCUGGCUAUGAGUGCAUGGGAAAAAGAAGUGGACAGGAACCGUCGACUCACUAAUCACAUUGACCAGGAGCGACGACGACGCUGCGAAGCAGAGCUACGAAGAAUACGUGAUUUCGUGGAUUUAUUAGACGCUGAAAGGAAGGCGUACGCCCAGAAGCAAGCUACCACACUGGAGGCUCUUAAGGCAUCUCUUGGAGAGCAUCGUUCCCCCCUAGCAUCUCGACCUGCACAUGACAUGGAAAUGGCUGUCAAUUUGUUCUUGCAGGAAUGCGUUAUCCCUCGAUGCAAACUCUCCAUUUGCGAUGCCCUCUUCUGCUCCCGCUUUCUACGGAUGAUGAUAGAGUUGGACAUUCCCGUUCUUUGUUUUUCGACCUACUUUCGAACGUUAUUGAAGUUGACUCCAGUUGUGCUGCGCAGUUGUUCAGAAAACGAAGCUCUGGGUUUCGCCCGCCUAUUAAAAGAGGUGCUGACAACGUUGGAGAAAUGGAGAAGCAACCGGAAAGUCUUUGACGCUGAGGCUGCGGGAGGAAAGAAACAUGGCUUCCGAGACCCUGACAGCUCUGGUGCCCAGCCUCUCCGCCACGAACAGUACUGCGAAUGGCUCUUUGAGAUCCACGAGGGUCUGACGGAAGGGAUUUCCAGAGUGCUCGUUGCGAAGGAAUACCUAUAUACACGCAACUCCCUUUGCAUACUUGCCAGUAUUGCAGAAGUGUUUCCGAAGGUUUCCGAACAUGCAUCACAACUUGAAACAAGUGUCGGGAAGAUGUGCAAGUCAGAGCUUCCUGACAUUAGGCUGUCCUCGACGGGUGUAUUGGCGCGAUUGAAGAGUGGCCAUGCGAAACGGUUACCGCGGCAUAUCUUUAUGCUUAAACCGUCGGCAGGGUCUGCAGCAUCUGGUGGUGGUUUGGCAGGGAAGGGAAGGGUUUCUGCCCGAGACGACCAUGCAUCGAAGUUAUCCGCCGUACGCAAAGAUGCGAAGAUAGGGAAAAUUUCGGGCUCGGAUGGAAGAACCAAAACUGAGACGCGAACGUCACAGGUCGUCGUGUCCUCGGGUGUGAAUGUGAAUGCUCCCCGAAGCAUAUCGAAAGAAUCUAAGAGGGGAGAUCAAAAAGCUGCCUUGGAUCCUAGCGCCCAAGAAUUCGUUCCUGAUGUGCAGAGUGGCCGGGGAGGACAUGGUGAUGGUAACAGGAUGGUUGGUGGAGGCAAGAAUGGGAAACGUGGGCGAGACGCUGAUGAUAGCGGGCCGAACCGUUCCAGCCAGCAGGCUGUGGGUAGCGCCGGACGAAGACCACACCAACAGGAACUCGAACCGCAUGCAAAGCGAGCGAAGGGUGGCGAUGAGCGACGCAGCGAUGAGGGGAUGAAGAAAACUAAUUCUGGGAAGCCAAAUGAGGAGAAACCCCAAAGCCGUGACGCGAGCGGGAGAUCUGGUGGCACCCAGAUCGGAUCGAACAAGAAGACCGCUGCACCUGCGAUGAACUCUGCAAAGGGCCUAAGUCAGAAGCGUGGUUCUACGCGUGAGGGUCACGCUCGUGAUAGCGGAGGUCGGGAUGGUGCUAAUCGUCCAAUAUCUGGAAGCUCAAGCCGCAAUGGUGUCAACCGAGAUGGGUCCAACCACCACGGACCUGGACACGCAAGCAAGAGCCGUGACACUCAAGCUCGAAGUCCACCUCGCCGAGAUGCUUCGAACCGCAGUCCAGGCGGGCGUGAGGCAGCCGGUCGCAGCCCUCAAAAGCGGGAACCUCUCGGGCGUGGAGGGCAGGGAAGAGAUUCAUCAGGCCACAGCCCAUCAAGACGCAAUAACGGUGGAAGAAGCCCCCUAAGACGUGAGCUGCUGCCUCGCGCACAGGGAAACCGAGACGCACCAUCGCGUAACCCCGGGGGUCGGGAUCUAUCGCGAAGAGAAAGCUCUGGUAAGGAUGGCCCUGGUCGCGAGGGAAACCCUCGCGAAGAUCAGGGUCGAAGCAGCUCACGAAGGGAAUCUCCUGGGCAACCCCUGCAGCGCAAGACGUCUGGCGGAGAGCUGCAAGGACGCGAACCGAAUGGAGUCUCUGGCAGAGACACCUCCCGCCGAAGGCGAGUCCCAGAUGGGCAGGGCGGCAUACAGUUUGGGCCAUCAGGGGAUACAAGAAUAGCUGUACGUGACCUUCCGGAGUUGGAGUCUUUCGGAGAUGGGCAUGGCAUGAAGCGAAGGAGAGAGAACACCAGAGAUGCCUACGCCUUCGAUGGAGAUAACAGACGAUCGACGAGGCAGAGGGCAGAGGGUGCAUAUCGGGAGAGGCAGCCAUCAAGAGAAUCACCAAACAUGAGAUUCGGUGGGCCUAAUUCGCCGCCGCGAACACCAGGUCGCGCAUUCCCUGGUCAAGGGCCCCCCGGCAAGUCUAACUGGGGUGAGCACACGCGCUCUCGAAGCCACGAUGGGCCUCACGACAUGCGCGCAGGCAACGGUGGCCCUCCGCGCCGUAGAGAACACGAGCUGGAACAAGGUCCUCCGUGGAAAUCACGACAGAAUGAUCGGCAUAUGGAGUUUGAAGGGCGGGAGCGGGGCCCUGUGCGUGGCAGAGAUGGGCCAAGAGGUGGAGACUUUGGGGGUUACGAGGAACGCGGACCUAAUCGUGGGGGGGAUAGGUAUAUGGAUCGACGGAAUGAAGGUCGAGAGGACAGGGGAUCUCGAGAUAGAGGUUUCGGACGAAAGGUGCAUGCUCGUCCAGGCGGAAGACGUCGUGCUUAG